UCUCUCUCGACAAAGCUAUCCGGAUAGUUCGAUUUAAGGAGGUCCAAUUUCCCAUCAGCUGACCACCGUCAUUGUUUUGCCACUGUUUCGAUUAGCUGCAACCAGCUCAACUGCGCCUUUAUUCUUUCACAAACACCUAGAAACAAGGCUGCGAAUCAGAUCAGAACUGCAAUCAUGUCGACAUUUUACUACCCUGGCCAUCAUCAACAAGCCACAAACCCUCACCCGAUGCCUCAGACUCAUAACCAUCAUGGCCGCUCCCGGAGAGCCCCUCGCAUAUCUGCCUCUCACAACAACCAACGACAAUACCGUGCGCCCAAAAUCGUUAAAGAGGUGGUCAUAACCGAGGCUCCUACACUUUCACAAUACCGCCAGAGAUUCGAGGCAGGCCGGUCAUUCGAUCUUGACGAUGACAUGGAGUUUUGCCCGAACCUUUUGACCUUCGACGAGGUUGGUGAUGAACCUCUUUCGUCCUCGACAUCUCUUGCUGACUAUUUGAAGCGACAGUCAGUAACUUCAGGUUCUUCUGACCGAUCUUCAUUGUCAAGUGGCUCGCCCGACUCGUCACCUCUUCAGACUCAGAUCCAACCUCAACAAAUAACACCUUCGCUGUCCAUCUCCUCUGCUGCAACAUCGGCAUACAUCGUUUCUCCUCCGACUUUCACGAGCAAUAACAACCACCUCAAAAUUCAUCAACCAUCGGCGCUUCGUUCCCGUACCAACGCCAUUCCGAUUGUCAACCCUUCCACCGGCAACCGCAUUGCAAGCCCACCAUCAUCCAUCUCGCCAGGUAUGAUGCAGCAAACAACUGCCGCUCGUCGGUGGUAAGAGAUCUCACCUUGUUGUGCUCUUUCCUCCGUGCUUGUGGUUGUCGUGUCGCUGUAUUCGUCCUUGGUUGAUGUCAUGAUGUGGUCGUUUUGCUUU